AUGUCUUCACUAGGCAAGAAAAAAGGAAGAAGAUACUCCAGAAUAGCUCCACACGAUGAUGAGAGCUCAUCUUUCUUCACUCCGAGUCCCAUGGUAGACUCGAAAGAUGGGAAAUCUGUGUCUGAGUUGGAUCUUCGCAGUACUGUGACAGGCAGAAACGAACCAACAUACAUUCCACCAUGGACUGAACCUUAUGUGAUUGGAAUAGCAGGUUUUUCUGGAUCAGGAAAAACCUCAGUCUCGCAGCGCAUAAUCCAAGAAUUGAACCAGCCCUGGACUGUUCUUUUGCUGUUUGAUAAUUUCUACAAACCCUUGACUCCUGAAGAUUAUAAGUUGGUGGCAGAAAACAACUACGAUUUCGACACCCCAGACUCUAUUGACAUAGACCUCGCAGUGGAAACACUUAGAUCUUUGAAGGAAGGAAAGAAAACGGAAAUCCCAGUGUACUCUUUCGCUCAACACGCGAGAACAGAUAAGAAAAUCACCAUCUACGGUGCUACGGUUAUUAUUAUAGAAGGGAUUUAUGCAUUGUAUGACAAGAGGCUUUUGGACUUGAUGGACAUCAAAGUUUUCGUCGACACCGAGUUGGAUUUGUGCUUGGCGAGAAGACUUACCAGGGAUAUCUUAUACAGAGGCAGAAAUGUCGAAGGAGUGAUUCGCCAAUGGGAAAGGUUUGUCAAACCUAAUUCUGUUGCUAGCGUAGCACCCACAAUGCAAAAUGCUGAUCUUGUCAUUCCAAGAGGCCUUGACAACUCAACAGCUAUUGAUGUGAUGAUUAAGCACAUUCAAAACAAGUUGGCGUUGAAAAGUGCCGAGCAUCUCGAAAGACUCAAGGCGUUGGGUCUCAGCAACAAGAUUGAGCUUUCCAGCCUUGAUAACUUGAAACUUCUUCCUAGAAAUAAUCACACGGCCGGCAUUCACUCCAUCUUGUUUGAUGUGCAUACUGAACGCACAGACUUCAUUUUCUAUUUCGACAGAAUAGCAAACCUUCUCAUCGAACAGGCCCUCGAGCAACUCACUUGCUUUGAAGAAACUUCGGUAUCGUGUCCUAGUGGCUAUGAAUUUAAAGGACUAAAACCAACACACGAUUUUGUGGCAGUGAGCAUUAUUAGAUCGGGAGACUGUUUCAUGAAUUCACUUCGCAAGACAUUCCCAGACAUUCCCGUGGGAAAGCUUUUAAUCCAAAGUGAUUCUUUGACCGGUGAACCACAGUUACACAUGGAAGCAUUGCCACAGAUAAAUGAGGAAUCCCAAUAUUUUUUGUUUGAUGCGCAAAUUAUUAGUGGAGCAGGAGCCAUUAUGGCUAUCCAAGUUCUACUUGACCACGAGGUGAAAGAGCGAAAUAUUGUAUUGAUCUCUUACUUACUGACCGAAGUCGGGGUUCGUCGUAUCUUUAAUGUUUUCCCCAACAUCACGCUUAUUGUCGGAAGGCUCAGCAAUAUGGAAGAAGUGAACCAGGAAUUCAACAGCGAAGGUUUCAAGGACACAGACUGGAUGUUCCGAAACAGAUUCAUCGAUUCCUUGUACUUCGGAACAGACUGA